ACAAAAAAAUGUUGUGUAGAGGAAGCUCCAUAGAGUGCCGAAAGGAAGGUUCAGUACCCGUAUACCUCAAUGUAUAUGAUCUCACUUCCAUUAACGGCUACGCAUACUGGCUCGGCCUCGGUGUUUAUCACUCGGGCGUGCAAGUUCAUGGAGUUGAGUACGCAUUCGGAUGUCAUGAACAAGCGACAACUGGAAUAUUCGAGGGACAACCGAAACAAUGCGAAGGAUUUACGUUUAGGAAGCAGAUUCUGAUCGGAUGGACGGAGAGGAAUCUACGAGAAGUGAGAGGAGUUAUGGAAGAGCUCGCGGAAGAUUACAAAGGAACUUCAUAUAAUCUCAUUACUAGAAACUGCAACCACUUUUGCAAAGAUGUGUGUGUUAAACUCACCGGAAAGUCCAUCCCUAGCUGGAUUAAUCGGCUUGCUAGAAUCGGUUUUUUGUGCAAUUGUAUAAUUCCGGCGAGUAUAACUUCAACUAAAGUCGGAAUUGAAGAUAACAAGGUGCAUAAUGAAGGAGAGAUGAAAAGGUUGCAAAGCAGUACAAGCAGAUCUACUUCAUCUUGUAGUUGUUCGCCGGAAACAUCGGCUGCGGUUGCUUGGUGUGGAAGUCAUGGAAUCACAACUUCUCUUCCUCCACCUUCACCAUUGAUUCUAGACUGUUCAAAAUCCUAACAGAUUUUUAACUGUAUCUUUCAGUUAAAAAAUUGAUUAUUAUUUUUUUUGUUAAUUAUUUUUACUUUUAGUUUUUGAUUCAUUAAUGUAACACUUCUCUAUAAUCCAGCCAUCCUCAUAACCUUCUGUGAGAA